ACCUUCAAUGCACUGCUGUGGAACAAUCUAAAGGACUGACUUUGAAUAUUCUUCCAUCAGAUGUAAUCUGAUUGUGAAGGAAAUAUUAGUUUUUGUGGUAAAGGAAAGCACACUUUAUAGGAUAUCUUUCUUUCCAAUGUUCUGUACUGUGGAUGGCCAAGAAACUGUAGUUGAAAUUUUAGUCCAGGCCAUUGGAACAGUGAACAUGUGAUUCCAGGGAUAUCUGGGGAAUGCAGAAAUGAUAUGGAAGAUCAAAUGAGAACUUUUCAGUCAGAUCCUGAUUCUGCCUUGAUGGAUACAGAGCUUGGAACACUCUUAGCUUAUGUUGAUUGUCAGAUGGAGCAGGAGUAUUAUCAAGCAAUACAUUCCUCACCAGAUCUCUGCAGUGGGCUUCCAGGCUUCCUGAGAUAUAAAAGAGAGUCUCAGGAGAGGAUCGACAGUCCUCAGUGCCAACCUCAAAGGGACUCUCCGAUAUGGUGUCAAUUCUGUGGUUUAAAAGCUUGGCCUCCUCUGGAUUCGGUUUAUGCCGAGACACAAGAGGUCUUCUGUUGUGAGAAAUACAAAGAGUUAUUUGAGAUUGUAGCCCACGAGAAACAUCUGGAUGUGAAGCGGUCAGGAAGGUCUAGUGGAUUUGACCGACUAGACAACCUCUUUACCAAUGAGGACAAAGAGCUACAAGUUAAAGCACAAGAAAGAGGAAAACACAGACUGCAGCAGAGUGAGAUGGAAAGAUUCAACAGUUACUUGGCUGUAAAGAACAAUGUGUCCAAAACAAAGACAGUCAUACGUUUUCGGCUGUCAAACUAUGCGCCCAAAGAGAAUAUCUGGAAAGUUCAAAAGGGCAUUCAUGAGGAGAGCUCUGAACAGUGGCCAGGUGAUGGGCCUUCUACACUGUGGUCAUUUGGGUUUGGCUUUACUCAUCAUCAGAACAAUUCAGGUUUCUUGGAAAAGUACUAUUCCAAUGGAGAUAAAUUUCUUACUUUGUUUCCAGAUGGCUCGGCUCAAGUUUUCUAUCCAUCAGGAAACUUGGCAAUCAUCAUCCUCAUUAGUAAGAGGGAAAGGGUCUGCAUAAUACAUGAUGAUGUGACUGCUCCUGUUUGUCCAGUCAGAGCCCUCUUCCAGUCUGAUGGCAGAGCCACUUGUUACCACGGCAACAGCAGCAUUUGGUUGAGUAUGGAUGCUUGGGGUGGGCAGACUCUAGAUGAGAGUGGGGCAAGGAUCAGAACAUGGAGCUGGACGGACCAUAUUCAAACGCAGACAACCCUGAGACCGAUCUUUCUGUCACUCAAUUUAAACAUAGGGGUUCGAGUUCUUGGGCGACAGUUGGUGUUUGUGUCGUUCCUUGCCUUAGGACAGCAAGCUAAGUUCAGAGUGGGUAGCUGCAUCUCGUCCACAGACCACAUCAUGCUGCCUCCUCGACCACUGAUGGGUAAAGAAGAGCUUGUACUUCUGGCAUGUAGGAUCGGCCUUCAUAUGGCUCUGAUACGAUUACAGCAAUGCCAGGCCUUCCCAUCCAGCUCCACGCACCUGCAGGUCAGACCUCCACCCUUUCUCCACUCACUGGCCCGGAGGCUGCAGAGCCUGAGCCGCAGAGUGCAGAUGGAUGAGUCAGACAAGGGAUUUAUCCAGCGCUGUCUGCAUGAACUUGGAAUGAAUGAAAUAACUGUAUAACAUGGCCCGCUUUAGCAAAAUACUACAAAACAUGCUUGAGCAGUCUCACUCAACUAACUUUGGAAGCUUUAAAAUAGUUAAUAAUAACUUUAAUUGCAAGAAGAGAAACUAGUAGGUACAAUUAUUUUAAAUAUCUCCUCUUUUGUUUCAUGGAAGAAAGGAAGUCAUACAGUUUGCAACAAUAUGAGGAUGGAAUUUUUAAACUAAUAUUUAAAGGAAUAUUCCAGGUUCAAUUCAAGUUAUGCUCAAUCGACUGUUUUUGUGGCAUAAUUUUGAUUACCACAAACAUUAUUUCGACUCUCUCUCCUUUUCUUCGAGGUUACAAAGAGGCACUUACAAUGGAAGUGAAUGGGGCCAAUUUUUGUAGUCUAUAGACAGAAAUGUGAUGCAUAUAAUUUAUAAAAGCACUUACAGUAAUUCUUCUUUUAAAACUUGUGUAUUACUGGAGCUGUAAAGUUGUUAAAAAUUUUGGUUUUGCGAAUUAUAGGAUUUAUGUAACUUGCAAGUUGUAAAAUUACUUUGUAAAAUAACGUUACACUGAAAAUGUUAGAACGCCAUUUUAUCCAACUAAAAUCUUGUUACCACCUAUAUUGUUUACGUAUUGUGGCUAUACUUUUGAAACAGCCAGUUUUCAACAUUUACGGAUUGGCCAUUAAUAUAAAAGAAAUUGCAAUUUCAAAUACAAAAUAAAACCUGACAUAAAUACAAAAUAAAUAGCUGAUCCAAAGACUUAAUUCCAUGUUGUAAAGAUUUCAGCUUUCAAAGAAAAAUCUAAAAAAUCAGAUUAUUGUGCAAGAAGCCAAACUGUAAAUAAUUGGGCAGUUAUUAAAGUAACUACAAUAUGGUGUUGCUUUACAGUAAGAAUUAGGUUUCUACUUAGUCAUACUGCUUAAUACGAAACAUCUAGAACUAAGAUCCACAAGUCUACAAUAGGAUGAUGCUUAGACGGUGUAGCUAGGAUCAGAUUUUCCCCCUGAAGUGAUCUGGAUAAGAGUAGACUAAGGCUGAUUAUAAAAUAGGUUAAUGACAUUACACGAG